GAUGAAAGCAUUGUCUGCUGCCUGUCAGUCGUGCUAGUACAGAGCAGAGGGAACCAGAACAUAAGACAAAAUAUCACCGUAUUUGGCUAGACCUAACAAAUAGGGGAUUGUCGAUCAUUUCUGUCGUCCGUUUAUAUUUGUCACAACGGUUGGACAGUCGAAGCUUCCUUUUGUUUCCAUGCACUCAGUCACCCGGACGAAGAGAAGAAGCUGAAUACGGUCAAAACCCUAGUCUCGCCGAUCGGUAGCAGAACGAACAUGAAGAGCAGAGCGUCGCGCUGAGGGCGGCCAUCAACAUCAGUAGUGCAUUAUCAUACCCUACAUUGAAAACACGGACAUUGAGUAAAGACACAUUUACCUGUAUCUUACAUCUGCGGAUCCAGCAGCAAUGCCGGGGUUUGAUUACAAGUUUCUGGAGAAACCGAAGAGACGCUUUCAAUGUCCCUUGUGCAGUAAAGCAAUGCGCGAGCCUGUUCAAGUCUCUACCUGUGGCCACCGAUUUUGUGACACAUGUCUGCAAGAAUUUUUAAGUGAAGGGGUCUUCAAAUGCCCAGAGGACCAACUGCCCCUAGACUAUGCCAAGAUCUACCCAGACCCAGAGCUGGAGCAGCAGAUUCUAGCUCUGCCCAUCCGCUGUAUCCACAGUGAGGAGGGCUGUCGCUGGACCGGUCAGAUGAAGCAGCUGCAGGGCCACUUCUCCACCUGCGCCUUCAAUGUGAUCCCAUGUCCCAACCGCUGCUCCAUCAAGCUGACGCGUCGCGACCUGCCCGACCACCUGCAGCACGACUGCCCCAAGCGCAAGGUCAAGUGCGAGUUCUGUGGGAGCGAGUUCACCGGGGAGGCUUACGAGAACCACCAGGGCAUCUGCCCCCAGGAAAGUGUGUACUGUGAGAAUAAGUGUGGGGCAAGGAUGAUGCGCAGGCUCCUAUCCCAGCACAGCAUGGCCGAGUGUCCCAAACGCACACAGCCCUGCAAGUACUGCGGCAAGGAGUUCGUCUUUGACACCAUCCAGAACCACCAGUACCACUGCCCACGGUUCCCUGUCCAGUGCCCAAACCAGUGUGGUACACCCAACAUCGCCAGGGAGGACCUGGCGAACCAUGUGAAGGAGAAUUGCGGCAGUGCCCUGGUCCUCUGCCCGUUCAAAGAUGCAGGCUGCAAACACAGGUGCCCCAAGCUGGCGAUCGGUCGCCACCUGGAAGACACCACCAAGUCCCAUCUGACCAUGAUGUGCAACCUGGUGGGCCGCCAACGCCAGGAGAUCCUGGAGAUGAGGAGGGAGAUGGAGGAGCUGUCCGUCAGCCACGACGGAGUCCUCAUCUGGAAGCUCAGCGACUACUCCCGCAAACUCCAGGAGGCCAAGCUCCGGAACAACCACGAGUUCUUCAGCCCACCCUUCUACACCCAUCGCUAUGGCUACAAGCUGCAGGUGUCGGCCUUCCUGAACGGUAACGGCAGCGGGGAGGGUUCCCACCUGUCCAUCUACAUCCGCGUGCUCCCAGGGGAGUACGACAACCUUCUGGAAUGGCCCUUCUCCUACAAGGUGACCUUCUCCAUCCUGGACCAGAGCGACCCGUCGCUGUCCAAGGCCCAGCACAUCACGGAGACCUUCAACCCAGACCCCAACUGGAAGAACUUCCAGAAACCCUGCAGCACCCGCAACUCGCUGGACGAGAGCACCCUGGGGUUUGGCUACCCCAAGUUCAUCUCCCACGAAGAGAUUAAGAAGAGGAACUACAUUCGAGACAACUCCGUCUUCCUCAAAGCUUCCAUAGAGAUCCCCCAGAAGAUCAUGGCCUGAAGGGUCAGGUUGAAAAACGUGAAAGGGUGUAAGCCAGGUUUAAGAAAACAGAUGCUUAACCUUAAAGACUUCAACUUCACACUUAUCCUUUAGACACUUGCUGGUCUCUCCACUGUAGAACUUGGAGCGAGUCUGUUUAGUUGUGUGGGCUGAUUGGAGGAUACUGGAAUGUAGGAAAAAGUGUUUGGUUGGCAGAACCAUCACUCUGUGAUUCAGUUUUUAUAUUUGUUUUCUAACCGUUUUUCACAAUCUGCUACAAAUAAGCCUUGGAAAUCAACAGUGCCUAGAGAAUUUAUUUUAAGUUUUAUUUUUUUUUCCAUUGCGUUUUUUUUUCUGCACCUCAAAUGUACAUACUGAUCGAGGAUUGGAAAUGUGAGUGCGAGGCUUUGUCAAGCCUUUGCACUGGCAGUAGUUGGAAUUUGGUCUGGUACUUCCUGUUUGAUUACGCUAGUCUGAGAGUGAUUAGCUCAUCACACAUACGUAGCUCAACCCCGAAUGCCUUUAGUGACAUCCUUUGACAUCAUUUUACAGUAUCACCCACUUGUCCUUUAAUGAAUGCAAGUCCUUGGGUUAGUAAACAGAUGAACCACCGAAACUACAGUAGGAGUAUCUUCUAUAGACACUGUUGUUGCUGGUCUAACUUGUAUACAGUAGUUUCACAAAGUCUUUUGCAUAUAAUUAGACGAUCCUGAUGUCCAAAUAAUAAAAAAAGAACUGUGUUAGUGAUCGCAAGAGAUGGAUUCACGGAUACUGUUGAGACCUCAGAAAGCUUUGUUGGUGGAAAGUGCUUGUGUCGAGCCGAGUAGGAGAGCUGUGAGCUGUCUCCGUUUUCACAUGGUACAUGUGCACUUAAGGUUGAAGGAAAAGCCAUGAGGCCUAGAUUUGUUUACACGUCUGGGUCUCUGCAGGGGGUUACUGGAAGACAACAUAAAUAUGUCAUGCACGUGUCAUGUGAUACAACUUGGACCACGUUUUUGUACUGUAACCUGUAUUCUUGAAAUAUUCCCUUGAGGGCUUUUGUUUCCUUUUUUUUUUUUUUUUGGAAGUGGAAGAACUGUUCAAUGGAACCAAAUUCUUUUAUACGUGAAAAAUGUGAGCAACGUUGUUUGAAAUAAUAACGUCCUAGAUGAAACACAGGAUGGAUCCUGAACUCUGUGAAGUGCAUUGUUUUUAAGCUUAGCCCAGAGACCGUCUCAAUGACCCAGGAGCCUCUGGACGGGCGUUUUAACCGUGUGGUUACCGACACGCAUCUUCAUCUCCACACACGAGCGAGUCGAUCGUCAGAAGAAGAACAGCCUUGUGCAAUACACGCGCUCAUGAUGUAUGUGAAUAGAGAUGUAGAAAACGCAGAAGCACAUUCUCUGACUUUUUAUUCUACAUGGAAAAUUCCUGGUCUGUUCUUCUUAUUACUAUACCAGCCAAUAUUUUACAGUGAUUUUAAGAAGUAAAAAAAAAAGAAAAAAAAACAUUUUGUAAGAUUCUGUAUUUUGCAAAGUACUUAAAUGUUUAUACAAUACUUUUGGGUUGGAGAACCGUGGGUAGAGCUUGGAAAUUCUGUGGAACAUUUUCAGGUUUCACGUCUAACAGCAGAACUAUGGGUUUGGUUGGUCUAGAUCUCACAUCAGUCUGUCUGUAUUGUUUCUUUUUAAAGUAUUUAUUUUAAGGGGCCAUUAUGUAAGCUUUACUGAAUUGAUGGCGCAAACGUUAUAAUAUGUUGAUUGAUGAGUGCUUGUUGUCAAUUUCUUAAUUUGAAAUUAAAUGCUAUAUAGAACAU